GCAAUAAGCGAGUAAAACAAGCGUGAAUAAAAAAUGAAAAAUAAUGGAAGAUCUUGAUUCAACACAACUUAUUUAUUCUGAAAAAGAACCUUCUGCUGAUUCUCAUGAUAUUAGAACAAAGGUUGGGCAACUGGAGAUUCUUUCUGAAAAAAAAGAAGUUUUCCCUCUUUAUGAAGGUCCAAAUACUAUUGGUAGGGACAAGGCAGCCAACAUCUCUAUUAACCACCAGACUUUGUCAAAGAUUCAUGCAUGCAUACAUGUAAAUGAUGGAAAUUGUUCUAUCCAAGACAAUCAAAGUCAAAAUAAAACAUAUAUUGGAAAGCGUGUACUUUAUCCAUGGCAAUUGUAUCAGUUGUUUGGCAAAGAAAAUAUCAUAACUUUUGGAGAUCUUAAUUGCAAAGUUAUAAUCUCAAGCGAGACUAUAUGCGAUGAUACUGAAUCAUUAACAGCUUCAGAACCAGACUCUGUUUCAAUGAUACCAGAUGAUGAUAUAUCUUUAGAUGCAAUUUUCGAUAGUACAUUUGAUGAUGAAGAAUCAAAAUUUGUUUCCAAAGAUUCAAAUGUCAUAUGCGAGUCCCCACAUGAAGAAUUGGUUAGUAGUUGUAAACUUGUAAGUUGUAUACCAAAUCAAUCGAAUAAUUUUUCAGAGUUAUUUCUGAAAAAAAAUUUCUUAGCUCCAAAAAUUAUGGUUGGCAAAAUAAUUAGUGAGUUUAAUGGCACAUUACCUGUUGGAACUGAUUGUUGCGCAUUACCUAUUAGUCAAGAUGCUUUUACAAAGGUUGCAGAUAAAUUUUCUGAAAUAAAGAAUAAAGAAGAUUUAGGUAUGUUAAAAGGUUCUCAAGAAAUGUUCUCUCAAGAAAUGUGUUCUCAAGAGUUUAAAUAUCCCUUAUCUGUUAAACAUUCUAAAACAUCAGUGUUUUUUGAUUUUUCUAUGGAUUCUCCUACCAGUAGUAUCCAAAAUUGCAAUGAAAAGAAAUCUUUGGAAGAUGAACCUAAAAAAGUUCUUACUAGCCCUUGCCACAAGGAAGAUCUUAAUAACUUUAUAAAUAACUCACUUCCUGGUUCAAGUUUGAUUGCACAAGAUUUAAUCAAACUUCCUGCAUUUUCAAAUCAGAACGAAUUUCAAGAGCAUUCUGUUGAAAGUAAUACCUUGGAUGAUAUGGAUAUGCUGGCAACUCAAGCAUACUGCAUGACGGAAAAUUUUCAUGAUAGUCAAUAUGCAAAUAUUGAAACGCAGACACCAAGUUCUGCCAGUGCAUCUAUGGAGCCAAAUAUUUCAAGUGCUACACAAGAUUUCUGUAUGAUAUCUCAAAAAUAUAUGGAUCAUGUUGAAGUCGAUAAUGAUGAAAACAAAGGAAAUGAGGAUAAUGCUGCAAACAAUGGAGAAGACAAUAGUGUUGCAAGCAAUGAACUUUGCAACUUUGCAAACAUUGAAGAGGGCAAAAGUGUUUCAAAUAACAGAUAUGGUGAUGCAAACAAGGUACUUAGUGAUAGCACAGCAAAUAAGGAAGAUAGUGAUAAUAUAGCAAACAAGGGAGAUAGUGAUAAGGAAGAUAGUAAUAAAGCUGCAUAUGAAAAAGAUUGUAUUAGUGUUAAAACUAACGAAAAUGACAAUAGUGUUGCAAAGGAUUUAAAACAUAAAAAGUAUGUUCACAACCCAAAAAAGAUUCAAACAAGAAAAUCGCUAAAAUCAUAUGUUUGUGUUGCCAAUGAUAAAGAAAAUGACAAUGUAAAAAUGUUAAACAACACAUUAAAAGAUUCCAUUCAAAAUAAAUCACACAUUCAGACUAGAAAAUCUUUAAGAACCAUUUGUAAGAGAAAUGAUUAUUCUGGAUCUACAUUUGAAAGAGUUAGUAAUAAAAACUGUGAAGAUGUAGAACAAAGCAGUAUUGUUGAUCUAUGUACAAAUGAGUUAAACAAAAACAGCAUUGAUUCUGUCCAAUCAGCAGUCGAAAUAUUAGAGAAAGACUUAAACAAUACCAAAUCAAUUUUCAAACUCGCUGGAGAAGAUUUCAAUGAAUUAUCAAAGAAAGUAAAAGAUACUAAAAGAAAAAAAUCUAAAUCAAUUAAUAAAAUUGAACUUAAUAAAAUAAAAACGAAUUAUAAAGAAAAAGAAAAUAUAGAAAAAAUAAAAAAAGAAACAAAUUCGAAUAAAAAUCUUACAAAUAAAUCUAUAGAUUUUACUGAUAUAAACCUUGAAAUGAAAAUUUGUCUGGAAGAAGUUGACGAUAAUAAACCCAAAAACAGAAGGGGAAAAAAGUCAAUAUAUUCUUCUAAAAGGAAUGUAGAAAAAGAACAGCAUCUUAUUUGUGAAGAAAAGAAAACAAUAAAAAAAGAACCAAAUGAAUCACCAAGAGAAUCAUGUUUUACAGAUGUUAUCGAUCUUGGAAAAAACCAAAACCUAAAAUUACUUAAGCAAAAGGAAACAAUCGAGUUUUCUCCACAGGAUAUAAAACCAAUAAUUAAAAGAAAAUUGAUAGAAAAUGACCCUGAAAAGUUUGUAGUUUGUAAAAGAAAAACAAUAGACAAAAGCAAGAGUGAAAACUCUGUUAUAGCAAAAAACUUGUCAUCAAAUAAAGAAAAUUCAUUUAAUAAUUUAUCCUCAAAAAUUGUAAGCAAGCGUCGACUUUCUUCUUCAAAACCUAAAGUUGUGUUUACUGGUGUAACAGACAAAAAUAUUGAAAAGAUUGUGAAAGAACUUGGUGGUGAACUUGUUGAUAAUGUAGGCUCAGCAACUCACCUAGUUACAGAUAAGGUUCGUCGUACAGUUAAAUUUUUAUGUGCUGUAGCAAGAGGCAUACCCAUUGUCAGUUUAGAGUGGUUAAAAGCUGGAAAAACUGCUUCCAUGUUUGUUCCACACCAUCAUCAUUUGUUGAAAGAUAAUGAUGCUGAACGUCAAUACAAUUUUGAUCUUGUAGAAUCUUUAGAAACAGCAGCACAUACUCAUUUGUUUGAAAAUGUGCAAAUUUACGUAACCAGGAAUGUGAAGCCGGAACCAAAAGCUAUAAAAGAGAUGAUUGAAUUUUCUGGUGGCAAGUUUCUUCAUAAAGCUCCUACGAAAUAUAUGGAAAACACAUACAUAGUCUCUUGCAUUGAAGAUCAUAAAGAAAUAUUGAAAUUUGAAAAAUUGAACUAUAGAAUUUUAUCAAAUGAAUUUAUAUUAACUGGGAUAUUACUUCAAAAAUUUUCUCCCGAUCAGUAUUACUUAACUUAGUUGAUUUGAGAUAUCUUUAUAACA